AACGUCAACGGGAGGAAGCAGCAGCAGCCGCAACAGUAAGCGUACCGACGCUGUCGCGCCGACUGAUAGAGUCGCGCGCGCGUGCUAGAUCGCAUCCGACCUCUAAUUGGAUUCCGUUCGAGGCCUUAUAAAAUCACGGAGGUGGAGGACGAGGACGAGGAAGACGCGAUCGCGAGUGCGGCGACGACGACGAUCCCCUUUUUGCUUUCGCAUUCGCGAGGACUCUCGAGAUAUCGUCGCCAAACUGCGACGCGCGUUGCCGCCGUUUUAUAAGUGUUAUCACGUUUGCGAUAAGACGAGGAAAAGACAAAGAAGAGAAUAAAGGAAGAGGAGGAUCAAGAGGAAUAAUGAACGAGGAACAAGCUCACGAUGCCAAGCAACAGAUCGCCACGAGUCCGGAGGAUACAGAGGACAUGCCCGCGGGCCAACAGGGUCCGCAGGUGCCGCGGCGACGAGGUGGAAUCUCGGCGGAGCCGGUCUCCGAAGAGGAUGCUACCAGUUACGUCAAGAAGGUCGUACCUAAAGACUAUAAAACUAUGGCUGCUCUAAGUAAGGCUAUUGCCAAAAACGUGCUCUUCGCGCACCUGGACGAAAACGAGCGCUCCGAUAUAUUCGACGCGAUGUUCCCGGUGACCUUCCUGCCCGGCGAGGCGAUCAUUCGUCAAGGCGACGAAGGUGACAACUUUUACGUGAUCGAUCAAGGGGAGGUUGAGAUAUUCGUUAAUGGUGAGCUGGCAACGACGAUCGGCGAGGGUGGUAGCUUCGGUGAGCUCGCGUUAAUCUACGGAACUCCACGCGCCGCCACAGUCAGAGCGAAGACCGAUGUGAAGCUCUGGGGCAUCGACAGAGACUCUUACCGCAGAAUUCUCAUGGGUUCUACUAUAAGAAAACGGAAAAUGUACGAGGAGUUUCUCUCCAGAGUUUCAAUCUUAGAGUCUUUGGAUAAGUGGGAAAGGCUCACGGUAGCGGACGCUCUGGAGCCAGUAGCAUUCGAUGAUGGCGAAACGAUAGUCCGACAGGGUGAACCAGGAGAGGACUUUUAUAUAAUUGUCGAGGGAACUGCAGUGGUUCUUCAGCAACGCUCGGAAGGAGAUGAACCCGCGGAGGUCGGCCGUUUAGGACCAUCUGACUAUUUUGGAGAAAUAGCACUGCUACUGGAUAGGCCACGAGCGGCGACCGUGGUGGCCAGAGGUCCGUUGAAAUGUGUGAAACUGGAUCGGGCACGGUUCGAGCGGGUCUUAGGUCCGUGCGCCGACAUUUUGAAACGCAACAUCACCCAGUAUAAUAGUUUCGUGUCCCUUUCCGUGUAAACGGGAUCCUUCGUCUCUCCCUUCUUUCUCCUUCCUCCCUCCGAUCCGAUCAUCGCAGUCAAUCGGUUCGCGCUGACCGAUCAUCAUUGACCUUUCAUCUUUACCAAGGGCUGCAUUAUUUCGCUGUACCGUAUAGUUAACACUUUUUUUUAUUUGAUUAAUAUUUAAGUGAAUUAAUGUGUUAUUGCGAUCAGCUAUCAAUCAGAUAUGUAUACAAAGACGGUAUCGUUAUAAAGAGACGCUAUUAAUAUAUUUACACCGUAAGGCUAUUUACACAUUAUAGCUCGACGUCGACGUGCACGUGAAUUCAUAUUGGCGUUGAUCUCUUCCGCGCGAUCUGUUCCUAUUUGUUACGUGCACGAAAAAAAUUAUUAAUCCGUUAACGCCCGGAAUUUGAUGUAAUAUUGAAGAUUUGGUUUUCAAAAGAAAAUUAAAAAAACGAAGCCUUAUAUUAUUAAUCUUUAUCUUAAUGGAUAAUGAUAGUAAUUAGAUUGUUCAAAUUAAAAAAAAUAUGACAUUUUGUCAAAAUGUGUCCCUCAUCAUCAGAUGACAUCGAGCAUUGACGGAUUAAUCCACGGUUAAUGGCACGUUGUGUGCAUCUUGAAUAUAUUGUAGAGGUCUUUGAAAAUUGCGAGAUAAGAUAUAUCGACGUGAUUUAUAACCGUAUCUCCCAAUACGAGGCUACAAUUUGCAUCAAAGAUGCAGACACGGUUUAUGUUCGCGUCAUCACAUGAAUAGAAUAAAAUCAUGUAUCGAAUUACGUUAAAUUAUUUGAAAAGUAUUUACGAUUUCUAUUAGAAGCGUCAGAAGCGAACAAUUGUAUAAAUCGCCCCCGUUUAUAUGUAAUCAAUAGAAUGGACUGAUAAAAAUAAGACGAAGUUUUUUUUUCCUUUCUGAAAUUCUAUAUUUAUAUAAGUAAUGUUUCUCUCUGCGAAUUCUGAAUCUUGAGCGAAAGCGAGUUUUACGACAAUCGAUUGAAAUUCAUAGCUUUUAAUUUUAAGGAUAGAAAGGGUCUUUAGUCAAUUUUACAAGUCCAUUCUGUUGAAUAUAUAAUGUGGAAAAUAAUAUAUUCCUUCGAAACAUCACGUCAUAGACACAGGAUGUCUACGACGUUAUGUCUAUGACGAUGUCUGCAUCAUAUGUAUGAGUCACAUGUUCGCUUCCAGUAUUGUAAUGUAACGAUAUAGCUGCAGUGAGAGGAGCCGUAAUAUUAUAUAAUGAUUAGAAGAUAGACAUUAAAAAAAAAAUGACGUUUUCUCGUUUACUGUUUUAUAUAUAUUUUAAA